UAAUAAAAACCAAAAUAAGCUGCAAUAAUCACAUAACACACCUCAUCUGUGGGGGAGAAACAUCGUCUCUGCUGAUUUCACUGAUGUGUUUUUGUCAGUGGUCUCUGUUCGGAUUUCAUUCUCAUCUGUGCCUGAAACAAACGCCACACACCACAAGAAAGGAAGCGUUCACGUCAGAGAUGCGCAUGUUUUUAUGAAGGAGGACACCGAGACGCGCUAACCAUCUCCGAGCUGCUGACCGACGAUGAUUUAAACAUGUGACCGCCGUGUGGUCGCUCAGUCACCGCUACACCUGACGGGAUUAUACACGACCCAGGUCUCCACGCCAUCUCCCUGUUUACGGUGAAGUGCUGAGGGGGGGACAUGACGGACACUGCGGACUCCAGUGCUCAGGUAGAGCCGCUGCUACCAUCGAGAAAUGAUGAUGAGGCUGUGGUGGACAGAGGAGGAACCUGGUCCCAGCAGAGAACCAACUUUGAGCAGGAAGAUCUUGAAGGCCACAGGACUCUCUUCAUUGGGGUCCAUGUCCCCUUGGGCAGCACCAGGCACCGCAGCCAUCGCAAGCAGCGUCACCAUGGAAACAAACACAGGAGAAGGAGCAGGGACCAGGUGCUCACCCAGGUCGAGGGUGGAGAGUCUCCUGUUUAUGACACUCCAUCCCAGAGAGUACAGUUCCUACUGGGUGCUGAGGAUGAUGAUGAGGAGCAUAUUCCUCAUGACCUCUUCACAGAAAUGGAUGUGAUCUGUGCAAAGGAUGGAGAAGAUUCUGAGUGGAGGGAAAGCGCCAGGUGGCUGAAGUUUGAAGAGGAUGUUGAGGAUGGAGGAGAGAGAUGGAGUAAACCCUAUGUAGCCACUCUGUCUCUGCACAGUCUGUUUGAGCUGCGCAGCUGUAUUAUCAAUGGCACUGUGCUACUAGACAUGAAGGCUAAUACCACUGAAGAGAUUGCAGACAUGGUGUUGGAUCACCAGGAGCUAGACUCACCACUGGGUGAUGAGCUCAGAAAGAAAGUGCGGGAAACACUGCUGAAGCAGCACCAUCACCAGAACCAGAAGAAGCUGGCUAACCGCCUACCAAUUGUGCGCUCCUUUGCCGACAUGGGUCGACGGGCGUCAGAGCUCCACUUGGAUAAAAAUAGUCCGAUGACAUGCUCCCAGUCUCAGUUAGCGAGUCCGGAUGGGAAAGCAGACAUCAGCAGAGAAAACAGUUCCGUGGACUUUAGCAAGAUAGACCUUCAUUUCAUGAAGAAGAUCCCACCAGGGGCCGAAGCGUGUAACGUGUUAGUGGGAGAGGUGGAGUUUCUGACCAAGCCGGUGGUGGCGUUUGUCCGUCUUUCACAUGCGGUCAUGCUCAGUGGGCUGGCUGAAGUCCCUAUCGCCACAAGGUUUCUGUUUGUUCUCCUGGGGCCCUUGGGAAGAGGGCCUCAAUAUCAUGAGAUUGGAAGGUCCAUUGCAACACUUAUGACAGAUGAGGUUUUUCAUGAUGUUGCCUAUAAAGCUAAAGACCGAAACGAUUUGAUUGCUGGGAUUGACGAAUUCCUCGAUCAAGUGACAGUUCUGCCUCCAGGAGAAUGGGACCCAUCCAUACGGAUAGAGCCACCAAAAAAUAUACCUUCCCAGGAAAAAAGGAAGAAAAGUACAAAUAUACCUAACGGAUUAGUAGAGGGUGAUGAGGAGGAGGAGAACAGUGGCCACGGGGGUCCAGAACUGCAACGCACUGGAAGGUGGUUUGGUGGUCUCAUUAUGGACAUCAAGCGAAAAGUACCCCACUACCUGUCCGACUUCUCUGAUGCCAUUAGUUUGCAGUGUGUGGCCUCUUUCCUAUUCCUCUAUUGUGCCUGCAUGUCCCCUGUCAUCACCUUUGGAGGACUACUCGGCGAGGCAACAGAAGGACGCAUAAGUGCAAUUGAAUCACUGUUUGGGGCCUCACUGACUGGACUGGCCUAUUCCCUGUUUGCUGGGCAGCCCCUUACCAUUCUGGGCAGUACAGGGCCGGUGCUAGUAUUUGAAAAGAUACUGUACAAAUUUUGCAGGCAGUAUGGCUUGUCCUAUUUGUCACUGAGGACUUGUAUUGGUCUAUGGACAGCUUUCCUCUGUAUCAUGCUGGUGGCCACAGAUGCCAGUUCCCUCGUCUGUUACAUCACACGUUUUACAGAGGAAGCUUUCGCCUCACUCAUCUGCAUAAUCUUUAUCUACGAAGCCUUGGAGAAACUUAUCCACUUGGGGGAGCAGUAUCCCUUUAACAGGAACAACAACCUGGACAAACUCACCAUGUACUCAUGUACUUGUGUUGAGCCCUCUGACCCCACCAAUGGCACCCUGAAGUACUGGGAGCUCAACAACAUCACUUCCUCAGAAAUCUACUGGGAGGCACUGGAGGUCAAGGACUGUAUUGAAAAGCAAGGGGAGUUUAUGGGCAGCGCCUGUGGCCCUCACGGCCCCUACAUUCCUGACGUCCUCUUCUGGUGCAUUAUACUUUUCUUUUCUACCAUCGUCAUGUCUGCCUUCCUCAAGGAGUUCAAGUUCAGCAGUUACUUUCCUACAAAGGUGAGGUCCAUCAUCAGUGACUUUGCGGUUUUCUUCACAAUUCUUACGAUGGUCCUAGUCGACUAUGCCUUGGGGAUUCCUUCUCCAAAACUAAAGGUACCCAACGUGUUUAAGCCAACCAGAGACGAUCGAGGUUGGUUCAUUAACCCACUGGGGCCCAACCCCUGGUGGACAGCAAUUAUAACAGUGGUCCCGGCUCUGCUUUGUACCAUCCUCAUCUUCAUGGACCAGCAGAUCACAGCUGUCAUCAUCAACAGGAAGGAAAAUAAGCUGAAGAAAGGCUGCGGGUAUCACCUGGAUCUGUUCAUGGUGGGGGUGAUGCUUGGCGUGUGCUCUCUAAUGGGCUUGCCCUGGUUUGUAGCAGCCACUGUCCUCUCCAUCUCCCACGUCAACAGCCUGAAGCUGGAGUCAGAGUGCUCAGCUCCUGGGGAGCAACCCAAGUUCCUUGGCAUCAGAGAGCAACGCUUUACUGGCCUCAUGAUCUUUACCCUCAUGGGUUGCUCUGUCUUCAUGACCUCUGUACUGAAGUUCAUUCCUAUGCCUGUGUUGUAUGGAGUAUUCCUUUACAUGGGAGCAUCUUCUCUCAGAGGCAUUCAGUUCUUUGACCGUCUGACACUGUUCGGUAUGCCAGCCAAGCACCAGCCAGACUUCAUCUAUCUACGACACGUACCCCUGAGGAAGGUGCACCUCUUCACCAUCAUCCAGCUCAGCUGUUUGGUUCUGCUCUGGGUGAUCAAGACGUCCGAGGCUGCCAUUGUCUUUCCUUUGAUGGUGUUGGCGCUGGUGUUUAUCAGGAAACUAAUGGAUUGUAUCUUCACCAAGAGAGAGCUGAGCUGGCUGGAUGAUCUCAUGCCAGAAAGCAAGAAGAAGAAGCUAGAGGAUGCUGAAGAGGAGGAGGAGGAGCAGAGUAUCCUGGCAGAAGACGAGGGAGUCGUGCAAGUGCCAUUAGAGGGGUACAAAGGAAUACCCAUCAUCAACAUUACAGAUGAAAUGUCGAAAGGUUCCUUUGGAAAUACUUGGAAUGCUAACAGCUGAGAAACACAUUUGAGAAAGACUUGAAAUCAUGUGCAUCACAGUAUUUCCUCACAAAAUGAGAGUGCAAGAUGAGAAAUGUAAGCUGAAGAUGAUGGUCAGUGUUGAGUCUUUGUCGCUGUCUCUUCUCCGUGUUUGUAAACAAAUCUGCAUUGUGCGCUGCAGUUUGUCAAUCCUUCAAGUUUAGUCUUGUAAAACUGUGCAUAAGUGGAUGACCUUGUUAUGUGAUGCAUCACAAAUAUUCUGCCUCUUCAUGAACCAGUGAAACCUACAUUAAACUUUUAUUGUGUUUGUUAAUGUCAAAUUGUACUUAAUAAAUCUAGAUGCUAUUGCUACACAGUAAACUACAUACAACAUAUAAAAAGCUUGGUCUUGUUAUGAGACUGUUGUCAGGUUCUUGGUUUGGGAUCAAUUUGUAUUUAUUUUGUUUUACAUGUUGUAUUUUGAAAUACCAUCAUUUCAUCAUAUCCUAUUAUUUAUGUUCUAUUUAGGCAUUGAAUGUGAUUUGAAAUUAGAUAUGAAGAUGUGUUAGCAUUGUUACAAUUCUAUUAGCAUUGUUAUACGUCUUAAAAUCUUAAGGUAAUUCUUGACCAUAGAAACUUUCUGAAAAGCCAUAUUUAAAUGUGUACAAAUUCCUAUACUGUGAAAAGUCUGCAAAUUUUGAAUUGCACCCAUUGAUUGUGACUGGCAAUCUUAAGUUGGGAAUGAGUGAUAUAAAUUAUUUUCUAAAGGGGAAUAUACAUCUACUAAAAACCCAAAUGCGAUAGCAGCAUGCUAGAAUAUCAAUAAUCAAAUACAUAUUUAUAUGAGAAAUUAUUUAUCUAUAUUUAUUUUGUGGAGAAAACAAUACUAUGUUUACUACAGAAAACAUUGCAGCCUAACAGAGACUUGCAGUAUUUUGCUCCCUGGUGACAGUAUAUUGCUUACAGUGUAUUGUAAAUAUAAAUUAAUUGUAAAUGUGAAAAAUGUCAAUCUGUUUUAAAAGUGGUAUGAAGUUAAGUUUAUAUCGUUAAUUAAGAAGCUUCAUCAUUAAGGCAUUCAACCCUAAAGACAUCUCAGUUCUGUUCCACAUCUGGGCAUUUCAUUAAUUUGGAGUGUAUAAAGAACUGGGAAUUGGUUUCCUUUGAAAAACACAAUCUUGUCAAUGUUAUUUUAACUUAAUAAAUUUCUAUG